AUGCAACCCCGAACGGCUCAGAAGCGGUCAGCAACGUCCAGCGCAGACGCAUCAACAUCCCAAAAAUCUUCACAUGCUCCAAAAAAGACGCGUUUCACUGAGCCUGAUGAAGAUCCAGUGAACUUUGCAGAGGAAGUCGACUCUGCACUUGAGAAUCCUUUAACCAAGCGGAAAGGACGGAUCAGGAAUGAAGGAUACGACUCGGACUCAAGUGAUGAUGGAGAGGGUGUGGUACUGAGCAGAAGAAAGGGCGCAGAUGGGGAAGGGGCGGAUGAUGACGAUGAUAUGUUUGCAAUGGCCGACAAGGAAGAAAAGAAAGACGAGGCGCAGGGAAAGAAGAAGGAAGAAUUCUUACGCCUAGGGGACAUAGAAGGACAGGAGUUCAACGAUGGCGAAGAUUCAGAUUUAGAUGAAGAUGAGCCUGAAGACGAGGAUGAAAGAGAACGACGAAAGAAGGCUGGUAUGGGAUUCGAGCUAUCUUCGUUCAAUAUGCGGGAGGAGAUGGAAGAGGGCAAAUUUGCUGCUGAUGGCACAUAUGUCCGGUCAUUCGACGCACACGCCGUACACGAUCGGUGGAUGGACGAUCUAGACGACAAGGAAAUCAAGCUUGCGCGUCGGAGGAAGCGACAGCAGGAACGAAUACAAAGAGAAAAGAUGAGGGCGGAGGAGAUAGAGCUUGAGCAGAGUGGUGGAAAGAGCGCUUUGGAAAUUCAGCUCGUCGGAAUGCUCAAGAAAGGCGAAACAAUACUUGAAGCACUUCAACGAUUAGGCGCAAAGGCGAAACAGAAUUCGCAUGAUACUGCUAUGGCUGUCAGCAAGGCGGUAGAUAAAUCGAAGGGUCUCGAUGGUAUUGAUAUGAUCACCCAUCUGGCAUCCAACCUUAUGUCGCUUGGUGAUACUGACAUCUACUCUCGAUCAUACGAGGAACUCGUCCGUGCAGUGCGUUCUAGCGGAAGGGUGGGACCUAAUUGGACGCCUCCAUCUGCGGACAUCACAUACGAGUACAAAUGGGACAUCCCUGGGCAAUCUACCGGAGAGACUUUCGGGCCCUUCAGUGAAGACGAAAUGAAGAUGUGGUAUACAGCUGCCUACUUCGGUGAAUCAGGAGAGAAGGUCAAAGUGAGAAAGGUUGGUCACGACUGGGGAGCCUGGGAUGAUGUUGUAACAUAGCAUCAUUAUUGUCGGUAUGCGUUCAUUUCCAAGAGGCAGAUUUACUCGCUAACCACAAUGCAGGUGAUUUGAUAACUGGCUUUAUGUUGUUGCAGAUGCUGUUUGCAUUUCAAGGUAUCGUGUGUAUCGCAGAUUGUGGUCUCGUUGAAUAGGAACAGCUGCCUGAUAGGCCGUUGAGUCAGCGCCUUCCUUCUCGUCGAUGACAUCAGGCGAUAAGCUUAUUUUGAGGCUGGAUAGUCCUGCUCAUGUCCUUGACGAAUCUCCAUUCUUUAUAUGACAUUUACGCUAGUUGUGGACAAUUAUUGUUAACUUGUGCCAGAAUAUAGCUCCUGCAGAAAAUGACUGCAUUGGGAGUACCAAAUAAACCAGAAGUUCUCCAAAGGACAUAAAUUGGAUUCAGAAAAAA